AUGACAAGUCCAGCUAAUCAAGCACGAGCUCAGUGGUACUGGAAAUUGAAUUCUGAUCCAUGGUCAAGAAAUGCAAAAGAAGAAUGGACAAAAUAUUCUGAUAUCGAAUCUGAUGUCGAAGAAGCAUUUCGUGGAAAAAAUAAAACAAAACUAGCUGAACUAGAUAAUUAUUCCAUUAACUUACACGAUUCCAUUCAAAUCAGUAAAUUGCAUCCAAAUAAACAGCGGCAAAUAAAGCGAGUUCUAAUUAGUGGAUAUGAAAAUCAAGGUUUACGGGAACAAAGAUUCUCGCUUGCAUCAGCAUUGUGUAAAACGUUCAAUGAUGACUGGGGCCAAGACGCUCAUAAUUUUCUUUCACAGUGGAUCGAAGCGAAGAAACUCUCUGAUCCUGAAAUCGUGAAGCAGGCAGCGAAUGGAAUCAUUAUCGAAGGAAAGGAACUAGAUCAGCGUUGUCGAUCACAAUAUAUAGCUCACAAACUAAUAGCCGUGGAAAACCAGGACAGAGAAGAAAUUUACAAUCAGCCAUACACACUAGACCCCCUUUUUUACACACGACUAAAUAACGCACUGAGAGAAAAACACUCAAAAAAGGGAAACACUCUCGGCCCAUUUUGCUACAUUUUAUUCAGAAGUUGGCUAAAAACAGACACCAAACGUACAACCAAACUCUAUCGAGCAGCAAACAUCGACCAAAACAUGUUUAAAUGGUAUAAGGAAGCGACUGAUCAGAUCAGAUGCUGGGACGCCUUUACCUCAACCAGCAGAAACCGUCAAAAAGUGCAAAACUUCGGAAACACCUUAUUUAUUAUCGACGCCACAUUACUAAUUGAAAAACUGCCUAAAGUAGCUGCUCAUACGGAAUUGAAAAAUGUGCGAUUGAUACAAAAGUUACAUGUAAGAAUAUUUGACAAUAUUAUGAUUAAUAAAAGACCAGUAUAUGUUACUAAACAUCAAUUACAAUCAUUAUUCAACCCAGAUGAUGUCAAAUAUCUCAGUGAUACAUAUUCAAUAAUUGCUGAAUUAAAACAGAUAUUACUUAAAGCAUCAAAUGAAGAUCAAACAAAAAAUUUUCCAUUAUAUUCUAAAUUUCAUGAAUAUUGCUAUUUAAAACAACAGGCAGCACGUGCUACGUUUUAUAAUAAAACAGUUAAUGAAAUAGUUAUUAUGCGUUCAAACGCAUCCGGUACUAAUGAUAAAUACCAGUUUGAAAAUACUAACACACUAACACAACAACAACUGAAUAAAAAUACAAAAUCACAACAGCUAUUGAUAAACCAUACUGGUGAAUGGGGUGCAGUGUUUCAGUCAUUCAUUAAAAUACUUUCAUCAUCAAAUCGGUUAAUGAAUUUAGAUUUAUUAUCAAAUGAAUUGAAACAAAAACGUGAUACUUCAACAAAUAAAAUUGAUUUAGCUGAUAAUUUAUCAGUUGAAAAAGUCUUAUCCACUGAAGUUUUAUGGCAUAAUGCAAUUGUUUGUUAUAAAUACUACAAUUCAAUUAAUGAUCAACAACUCAUACAGCAAUCAUAUUGUGAAUACAUUCAAUCGGGUUUUUCAUUUGAAAUUAUUGACGAUGAUAAUUUUUAUUUUCAAUUUGAUUUUUUAUCAGAAGUUAUGAAAAACUUUGUACAAAAAAAAUUAUUAAUUAUUAGUGUUGUUGGAUUACAAAAUAGUGGUAAAAGUACUUUAUUGAAUUAUAUGUUUGGUACAUUGUUUGAUGUACAUAAUGGCCGUUGUACGCGUGGUAUAUAUGGUUCAUUUGUGAAGUCUAACAUUCAACCACUUAAUUAUGUUAUGUUAAUUGAUUCUGAAGGAUUAUUAGGUACUGAAAAAGGUGAUCCAGAAUAUGAUCGUCACUUAAUUUUAUUCUGUCUGGCGGUUUCACAUUUGGUAAUUGUCAAUAUUGCUGGUGAUCUAAAUCAGGCAUUAAAAGAAAUGAUCAUUCUCUGUUUGGAUUCCUUAAAAGAAUUGGGUCCAAAUAAAAUGCCCAAACCAAUGGUUCAUUUUGUUUUAAAUCAACGUCCAGAUACGAAUAUUGAUAAUAAUCGUAAAGCAAUCAAUAAUAUUGUGGAACAAUUGAAUAGUGACAAUUCAGAUAAAGUUAUUAAUAUAAAUGCUGAACAAUUUCAUUUCUUGCCGUCCGCAUUUAAAACUGAAAAUAUAUUGAACAACGAAAAACUUCCGUUAGUUCGUAUGACAUCCGGAAAUUUUAUUGAUAAUACACAAAAAUUAACAAAGAGAAUUAUACAAUCAGCCACACUUGAUCAUAAACGUCCUAUUGAUAGCUAUAUUGAUCCACUGAAAUGGAUACACAACGCGUACACCAUAUUCGAUAUUUUACAACGUUUUCCUGAUUUAACAUAUUUUAAAGAUCUUAAAGAAAAAAAUCUUAACAAACAAAUAAGUCAACGUAUAACAGAUCUUUUAAUAAAAAAAUUAUCAUCAAAAUAUAAACAACAAUUGUCAGAAAGUUCAUUAAAUGAAAGCAAAUCGAAAAUUGAAGAAAUAUUUAAAAUCUCAUUUGAUGGUAUACAUAAAGAAUGUACCAAAUAUUUAGAAAGAAUAUUUGAAGAUUUAGGUCCAUCUGACCUGGUGCGAAAACGUUCAACGCAGUUUUUAGAAACACAAAUCCUUGAAACACGUAAUGCAUGGCGUACAGCAACUUAUAGUAUAUUUGGAAAAAAGGAAUUAAACUUGCUCGUACGCGAUGCUGAACGAGAUCUUAUAGCUUUAAUUUCUAAAAUAUGUGAAGAAGAAACAGCUAAAAACAGAAUUAACUUAACAGAGGAUGCAUACAUAACAAUGUAUACACAAAUGUUAAAAAAAAAUAUGCACAAAAACUUUCCAGCAAAACAACAAAAGGCUAUAUAUAUGAUUUACAGUCGUUAUGAUAUCUUUGAAAAAAACUGUUUACUAGCAUAUAAAACUAUUGUUAAUGAAGUUGAUUUCAUUGAAAAAAUAAGUGAAAAUUAUCCAAAAUAUUCAAGCACAAAUGUGGAUAGUACAGAUUAUGACACUGAUAAUGAAAAUCAACAAAAACGGCAACCAAUGCCAUUAUCAGAUACAAUUAAGUAUAUCAAAAAAAAAACAUUAGUUGUUAUUACAUCUGAAACAAGUAUUAUUGAAGCAGACAACUUUGCUGAAAAUCUUGGUAUACCCUAUACAUUAGAAAUUAUUGAUAAAAUGAUAUAUUUACAUAAACAGCAGCUUCGAGAUAUUUAUCUACAACACCAUCAACAGUCAACGAUUAUUCAUCAUGGGACAAAAACUACUAGUAGUGCCGGUGUUUUUUUUAAUCGUAUAAGAAAAUAUUUUAAAUCAGCAGUACUUAUAGAGGAAAAUCUGACUGAUGAUCGUUAUAAAAUUCGUGAAUAUAGGAGAAAAGCACCGAAUGAAAUACUAGAUCUUCCUACCUGUUUUGAUACACUAUUUCAAGAUGUAAUGAAUGAAAUUGAAGAUAAAAGCUCAAAAACUAACAUCAAACAUUUCUAUCCAGUUAAUAUCAAUCUAAUACAAGAAAUUGUCGGUUGUGUUAUCACGUUAUUCAUCAAUCACUUCCGAAACAGUUACGACAUUGCUAUGGCAAGAGAUAAAUUACUGCCCGAAACGUUAGAAAAUAAAACUUGUGGAACAAUAACAACAGCCGGUGUUUGUGGCACAUUUUGUAAUCAAGCUAAAGAAACAGUUGAUGUUCGAUAUUUAGAACAAGAUGCAACGUCGUCAUCAGUACUUCUGCAGACGAGAAGAUCUUCUUCAGUUCAAACGGAGAAUGAAGAACGCAAUGGCUUCAUUUCAUUGAAACAAGAAUAUUUGCUAUUAAUAAAGGAAACUCGUACAUAUAUCAUCCCACAGUUACACACGUACGUAGAAAUACUGAACGACGCAGUUAGUCACAGUUUUCAAAAUUUACUCCCGACAGCAUGUGAUGUAAUGGUAUCCAUUCAAGAUUUAUAUCCACAGCUAAGGAUUACUAUAUCAGAUUAUUAUACAAAAACUAUACCACAUCAAAACGAUCCAAUAGCUGAAUAUUACGUUGAAAUUUACUGCGGUAAUGCAGGGAGAACGUAUUCACCUGUAUAUUCAAAAGUCAGCGGUAAAAAUGAUCAACUUGCAGCAAGGUUUACCAGAAUAUUUCAAAUGAUAAAUAACGCCAUAAAACGCCCAACAAUUUAUUUUGCAUCAGCCAAUGUGAUAGUUAAUGAUUAUUUCUUAAAGAAUCAAAAAGCAUUAGCAUAUUAUGAUAAGAUAAUGGAACAUUCAACAACAACAUUAACAACGGGUUUUUUAAAGUCAACAGUGUCGAGUGAAAAUAAUAGUGUACAAGCGCUGGAUAAUCGUUAUUAUGCAGAACUACCUUCAGUCUUAUCUUCCACAUUAUUCUCUCAAGGUCCUGUUAUACAGCAAGAAUCAGUGGCUACUAAUGAUGAUCAAUUGAUUCUGACAACAAGUAGUAAUGUAUGCCCAUUAUCUUUCGAUUCGUAUACAUCGAAGUAUGUCAGCACAAAUAAUGCUGAUACAAAACUAGCAACUGUUUCCGAAGUUCCAAUUGAAGAUGCAAUACAUGUAUUAUGGAUUGACAGUGAGAAAGAACAGUAUAAAUCUGCUUGUGACGAAUUAAAACGAUAUCUUAGAUACACAACAUAUAGGAGCACUAGUAUUGGUGAUGAUAAUAAACAACGUUUAUUAACCGAAUUAAAAAAUUUGAAAAAUAAAACAAAAUUAUUUCUCAUUAUGUCCGUCAAUGUAACUGAUUUUAAAAUAAUUCUUGAUUUAAUGAGUGAUUUUAAAUGUAUAAGUUCAAUCUAUCUUUUAUCUGUUGGUUAUGCUGUUGGCAUUCCCACUAAUGAUAAACAAAACGCUUACUUUGGAAUAUUAAAACUAUUAUAUCCAAAAAUUCGUUGUAUAUUUCAAACAAAAGAAGUGUUGAUGUAUCAGUUUAUAUGCGAAUUAGCUGUUUAUUAUAUUCACGUAGGUGAUAAGUAUAAACGUAUCGAGAAAUUUAAUUUAGCUACUGCCGUUUAUCAGUAUUCAGAUUAUCUGUUGUCAUUGGUCGAACAAGAACAUGAAGACGAUAAUAAAAAUUCAAUGUAA